GAUCUCAUCUAGACCCACAUUUCAUUAUUUUCUACCCAAAGAACUCAACUUUGCUUAAAUAGACAUGUUGAUCCCCAAAUUUGCAUUCUAGGCAUUUAAGAGCAAUUAAGGGAUUUGUUACCUAUUGUGAACAUUUUCUUUAUUCUCUUAACAUUGUCAAUUGACAUGAGUGUUAAUGCUCAAAAGAGAGAAUUUAAUGUUCUAAAUUAUGGUGCUGUCGGGAAUGGACAAGUGGACGAUUCUACUGCCUUUGUAAAGGCAUGGAAUGAGGCAUGUCAAGUGGUCGAAGUCACUCCUACAGUCGUAAUACCGAAAGGAAAGACAUUUUUAGUGCAGCCAUUAACAUUUGCAGGCCCCUGCAAAUCUAGUAACAUCAAUAUCAUGCUCUCUGGAGUUAUCAAAGCCCCUGAUGGUCCUAACAAUUGGAAGGGAAAAGAUAUAUCAACAUGGAUACUAUUUAAGGAUAUAACGGGACUUAAUGUUGAUGGCUCUGGCACUGUAGAUGGACAGGGAAAGGGUUGGUGGGAUAUCUCAUGCAAAAUCAACAAGAGAAAAGGGUGUGGCACUCUUGCCCCAACAACAUUCCGAUUUCGAAGUUGUAAACAUCUUAAAAUAAGAAACAUCAACUUAAUAAAUAGUCCCCAAACUCAUAUAUCCCUCUUGGGAUGCCAAGAUGUUGAAAUAAGUUCCUCUACCAUACAAUCUCCUGGAAAUAGCCCAAAUACAGAUGGAAUUCAUCUACAAUCCUCCACUCAAGUGUCCAUCCACAAUAUGGAAAUCGGUGAUGGUGAUGAUUGCAUCUCUAUUGGUGAUGAUAUUUCAUACAUUAAUAUCACUGAGGUCAAUUGUGGGCCUGGUCAUGGUAUAAGCAUUGGAAGCUUAGGCAAGGGAGGAGGUGUGGUAAACGUGCAUGACAUCACUGUGAAUCAUGUUAAUUUUAAAGAGACAACCAAUGGAGCAAGGAUCAAGACAUGGCAGGUUGGGAAAGGCACUGUUCAGCACAUCAUGUUCUCAAAUAUGAACUUCACCAAUGUUAAAAAUCCUAUCAUUAUUGAUCAGUACUACUGUGAUGUUGCAGAUAAAUGUGGGAAGACGGAUACUGGAGUUCAGAUAAGUGACGUGCAAUACAAUGAAGCAUUUGGGACGUCACAAACAGAAGUGGCCAUUAAUUUGAAUUGUAGUCAUAAUUUUCCCUGCAAAAACAUCAAAUUAAACAAUAUUAACCUAACAUCAGCAGUUCCUAGAAAGCAAGUGGUAUCUGAGUGCAAUUUUGCCCAUGGAGUUGCUACAGGGGUUGUAAUCCCAAAAUCUUGUCUAGAACUCGAAAAUUGAUAAGUCAAAUAGUUCAAUUAAUGCAAUUGUCUUUCUUUUUGCUUGCCUAAUAAUUAAGGAAUGAAAAGAUUCAAUCAUAUUAGAGAUUGAUUGAUCAAAUAAUAUAUUUGAUUCUAUCAAUAAUGGGUAGAUUCUAUUUAGGUAUUUUAAUAUAAUGAUUUAUUUCCU